CAGUCGUGUCCUUUUUAGACGAGCGUCAGCUUUGUGAGACCUCUUCUCAACUUCUGACCAAUUCACACACCGACUGUCUGCUGCUCGUCUGACGUGGACAUCAGCUUGAAGAGAGGCUCAGGGUUUCAACCUGCAUCGGGACAAAUAAAACAAAAUGCCUGGACCAGCAGCAAGUGCAACCAAUGUUGGGGCAUCUAGCCGCUCCCCCAGCAAGACAGUGGCUCCCCGCGCAGCAGGCUCCACAGUCAGACAGAGGAAAGCUACCAGCAGCGGUACACGCAGCGGUGGCAGGACCACGGGAUCGGCAGGCACCGGUGGCAUGUGGCGCUUCUACACAGAAGAUUCGCCAGGCCUCAAAGUCGGCCCGGUGCCAGUGCUGGUGAUGAGUCUGCUCUUCAUCGCUUCGGUCUUCAUGCUGCACAUCUGGGGGAAGUACACCCGCUCUUAAAACCUCUCCUGAUGACCUCUGACCCUGCGCCUCGGCUUCUUAACACAUUGGACCUGGACCAAACAACAAACGAACAACACCCUUAUUCCCUUAGUUCCCUUCUCCUGUAUCACUACAACACACACAGACACACAAACUGGAUUUUUAUGCGCCCAUUUUCCGUACACGAUCUUCAUCUGCACUGAAGUUGGUAUCCACUGUGUUGCUUUUGCUCAUCCCGUGUCUUUUAAGAUCUGACUGGGUGAACGGGAGACAGCCAUGCUAGCCCACCUCAGAUGUGAUGUCUCUGUCUGUGUGUGUGUGUGUGCGUGGCCCUCGCUCCAAGCAGCAGCACUAUGUUCCAGCCACCGCGGCAUGAAGGUUUAGUGCUCAAGGACAUUGUUGUUUUCUGGGCCCCAGCAAACAUUUCUUCUUCUAGCCUGAAUUGCAUUUUUUUUUGUUAAAAACAUUUGUACAAAUGUGAUUGUAAUAUUGUACAAUAAAAAAAGUAAAAAUCUG